AUGGACAAGAUAUCUGGGGACGACUCCUGCCAGCUGACGUUGGAUCCCAAUACAGCACAACAGUACCUGUGUCUGUCUGAGGAAAAUAGAAAGGUGACCAUUAGUUCUAAGGUCCAGUUAUAUCCUGAUCAUUCAGACAUAUUUACCUUCUUAAAGCAGGUGCUGUGUAGAGAGGCUCUGUCUGGAGCCUGCUACUGGGAGGUAGAGUGGAGCGGGAAUUGGGUUCGUAUAGCUGUCUCAUAUAAAGGAAUCAGCAGGAAAGGAGAUGGUAAUGAGUGUUUGUUUGGGGGUAGUGAUCAGUCUUGGAGGUUUGACUGCACUCCAUCCAGCUGCUGUUUCAUCCACAAUGAUCACAGUACUGAUAUCCCUGUCCCAUGCUCUUCCAGAGUAGGAGUGCACCUAGACCACAAUGCAGGAACUCUGUCCUUCUACAGCGCCUAUGACAAAAUGACCCUCCACAGAGUCCAGGCCACAUUCACUCAGCCAUUCUAUCUUGGGUUCAUUUGCUGGAUCAUCUGAAGAUACUGACACCUAUUCAGUGACAAAGCUAUUAGUCUGCUGGCCUUGUUGAUACAUGUACAGUAGGACAAAGAUUGACUCACUGUGGCCGAAGUUUGAUGUAAGAUUGCAGAUAUCAUUGAGUACAGACAGCAUAGUUGCUUAAUUUGCAUGUACUGAGGGGUGAACAAAACCAAGUGUAUAUGAACGCAUAAUGAGACAUUCAUGCACUGGAAGGAGUUCUUGACAGGUGAAAGAGUCCAAUCAUCAUUGAGUUCAGUUUAUUCAGUGUCUGGUGGCACAACACUGCUGAACUAUUUCAGGGGAAGAGACAUGUGUACUUGAUCGGGAUGAGGUCAUUUGACUUGGUUGCUACGCAAUAAAUGAGAGGUUAAUUGGCUCAUUUCAUGAAGUGGAGCUUUGGUUCAUGUUCACUGUACAUCUGUUGGUUAUUAUUAUUUGCAAAAAUGUGUAGCUACACUGUACUUGCCUAUGUAACUGCUGUACCAUGUUAAUACACUGGUAACAGGGACACAUUGUAAAGUGAGACCGUUGUUUUUGUUCUAGUCCAAUAAAACUGAGCCGAUGA